AAGAUUAAGUAAGCGUCUUCUUUACGCAGAUUAACCCGCAGCAUCCGUACAAGGUCGCUCCGGUCCAGGCCGCCUAGUACUCGCUCUUCACUCGCGCAAUUACCACUGAUAAUAGUGAUAACACUAUCACUUCACAUCAUAGAAAUUACGCUCUUCGCUAAUGAUAUUAGCUAAAUUUCAAUAAGUGUAAUAUAAUAAUAUUAUAAAUAUAAUGUUUAUUUAAUAACUAAAAUAAAAAUAGUAAUAAAAGUGCUGAAACUUAUUUCUUGAUAGAAAAGUUACAAUAAGUGUUGAAAUGGAAGACAAGGCACAGUAUAUAGAAUACGAAAGAAUUAAUCAACUUUAUGACGAAUGUCUGGACUAUUUAAAAACAGUUAAGGGAGAGGAAUCUGAUGAUAAUAACGAUCCAGGAUACGAAACAAUACAAGAAGUAAAUAAAAACACAUCUGAUAACAUCGAAUCAAUUUACAGUGUACCAAAUAAAACUUACAAAUCAGGCUCCGAUGUUGAGUUGAAAAUUGAAAAUGAAUUGUUAUCAAAUGAAAGUCUAAAUUCUAGUUGUAAGUCUGAAAGGUUGAAAAGUCUAUCUCAACAGCUACCUAAGAUAAUUAUUACUCAAAGUAAUACAAGUUUGAAUAUAAAUAAAGGUGAAAAGGCUAAAGAAGAAAAUCACAUACGAGUAGCUCCGGCACGGAGGAGCGUUAUGACAAUAUCGGAAACGAUUAAAAGAACGGAACCGCAUCUUCGUUACAAAGCAUAUUGUGAGUUACCAAAGCGACUCGUCUCUAAGAAUGGCGUGGAAAACGUUGCUCUCAUAUCUAACGUACCCUUUGAAAAGAUUCGUUUGUUAAAUGACACAUUUCAUACAUUGAUAAAUCUUCGCUGGCGCUGGAUUGUAAUUGGCACGGUGGUGGUACACUUCGCCAUCUGGUUAGUGUUUGCUGUUUUCUGGUACAUCACUGCUUUGGCCCACUACGACUUCGAGCCGGAACCCCCACAACGAACUUGUGUCACCGGUGGAAAGGACUUUGUCACCAUUUUUCUUGCUUCAGUUGAAGCGCAGACAACUAUUGGGUUUGGAGAUCGCGCCAUAGAUGAAGAAUGUCCUGAGUCAAUAUUUCUAUUCAUUAUGCAGUUAAUACUCGGUACCGGGCUGUCUGGUGUAUUGACGUGCGUCGUUUACGCGAAACUAACAAGACCAGAGAAACUUUCAAGAGAUGGCGUUGGUUUUAGCAAGAAGGCGGUUAUAUGCAUGCGCGACGGCCGGUUGUGCCUCAUGAUACGUGCCUGGGACCUCAACUACGAUCACAUUAUUUCCUCCGAAUUCACAGCACAUUUUAUUAACACUCGUAGAACGAAAGAAGGCGAAGUGAUUCGGUACUACGCACACAGUUUACGUCUACAGCAGCGACAAUUCCUCCUGUGGCCUGUUACCCUGGUACAUGAAAUUGAUGAAUCGAGUCCGUUCUACAAACUCACACCGCAGGACAUUGUACAGAAUAGUUACGAGGUCACAGUAAGUCUUAGAGGUGCUUCUGCAUCGAUGGGUACCUUCACUCAGAGCCAGACAUCCUACCUGCCUAGAGAGGUGGUGUGGGGGUAUCGCUUCCCCCCAGUCGUCAAAUAUGAUAUUCAUAAGCAGAAAUAUGUCAUUGACCAUUCCAAGUUAGACGCCAUCGAGCAUAUCGAUACUCCGUUCUGCAGCGCUUACCACUUAGAUAGUAAUGGAACACCUCCUGAGCAGUCAGAACCACCUGGUACACCUGGUACACCUGGGAGUUUCCAAGAUAGGAUAUCGACCUUUCACCUUGGAAGGACAUCGUCUUUCAGAAGAAAGGAAACGAAGACGUGAAUACAAGAUUAUGAAAACGAUAUGAAAAUAUAUACUCGUGUAUAGUUGAUAAUAUUUUAUGUCUCAUAAAUUAAAAAUCCACAUUACAUGUAUCUAUACAAAUAAAUAAAAUUUAAUUUUUC